AUGCUGCGCACCAUGUCUGUUUCACGACAAUCUUGGCGGGUCAUCCUACCGUUACGUUCCGCCAUACACCCGCCAGUUCACCAUGUACCACUUGGGGCCCGCUAUUACUCCAUCUUCGAGGAUUGGAAGGGGAGUUCAGCGGAGGAGCACACACGCAAGCGGGCUCAGAAGGGUGAUGUGGAGGAUGUACAUUCAGAGGCAGCCGCCACUGGGUUGAGGGAAAGGAAAACAAGCCAUGGUCUUGCAGAUGAUACCAAGUCGCAGGGAAUUACGGAAAGGGGCGGGACCAAGUAUGGGAAGAAAGCCAAAGAGGAGCAUCCCAAAGCGCCAGAGCCGGUCAUUGGCAUGAAUGACGAACGGGCAAAGGUCAGUACAUACGAUUGA